AUGGAGAGUGCAACUGGCUCAAGAAAUGAGUAUGACGUGUUCUUGAGUUUUAGAGGGCUUGAUACACGCCAAACAUUUACCGAUUGUCUUUAUGAAGCCAUGAAAGGUACUGGAGUCCGUGUUUUCAGAGAUGAUGAUGAAAUCCAAGGAGGGCAAAACAUCAAAGACGAGCUUUGGCAAGCGAUUGAGAGCUCCAAAAUCUACAUGCCCGUCUUCUCUAAGACCUACGCGUCAAGUAAAUGGUGCCUCAAGGAGCUGGUGAAGAUGAUAGAGGUUACAUCCCGAUCAAAUGGAACGAAAGAGAUCCUUCCCAUUUUCUUCGACGUGAACCCAGGUGAUGUCAAGCUUAAAACUUCACUUUACAAAAAUGAGCUAUCCAAUCAUGCGAAGAUGUAUGAAGCUGACAAAGUAAAAGCGUGGGAAAAGGCGCUCAUGGAGGUUGGCAAGCUUAAGGGAUGGAAACCGAGAAACGUAGGCCAUGGCAGACUCAUCACAUCGGUCGUUGAAGAUGUUUUAAUUAAGCUGAACAACAGAAACAAGAUUCUGACCAAACAUUUAGUGGAAGAUCGCAAGCAGGUCGACGCUGUAAUGGAACUGCUGGACAUUAAUUCUGGCGGCACUCAUUCUGUGGGAAUCCGUGGGAUUGGGGGAAUCGGCAAAACGACACUUGCGAAAGUUAUUUUCAACAAAUUAUCCCCUCACUUUGACUGCAGCAGCUUCCUCGAAAAUGUUCGAGAGAUAUCACGACGGUCAGAUGGCCUUGUGUACUUGCAGAAGAAACUCUUAUCAAGCAUUCACCGAUCAAGAAAUAAUGAACUUUAUGAUGUUGAUUGUGGGAUCGACAUGAUAAGAAGACAGCUUUCAAAUAAAAAGGUUCUCAUUGUUGUUGAUGAUAUGGAAGAGAAAGAUCUUCUGGAAAAGCUAGUUGGUGAGUGUGAUGGGCUGAAAUCUGGUAGUAGAGUCAUCAUAACCACUAGGAACUUAAGUGCCAUUCGAAAUGAACCAAAAACAAUCUUGGAUUAUGAAGUCAGGGAAAUGGAAUCUGAUCAAUCCCUUCAGUUGUUUUGUAGACAUGCUUUUGGAAAAGACUUUCCUCCAGGUGAUUAUGAAAGUCUUGCAAGGGAAAUUGUGUCUACUUUGGGGAACCUUCCGUUAGCUGUGGAGGUGAUAGGAUCUUCUCUUUCUUGCAAGCACGACAAUAGAGCUUUAUGGAUAGAAGUAUUGGAGAAGUUAAGGAAAGCUCCUUUGGGGAAAGUCCGAGAAUCGUUGAUGAUAAGUUAUGAAGAAUUAGAGAAAGAACAAAAACAAGUGUUUCUGGAUAUAGCAUGCCUUUUUGUCCAGGAAGAUAAAACUUACCCAAUUUUCAUGUGGAGUGAUUGUAACUACUAUCCUAAUUAUGCAAUUGAUGUCCUUCUUCAUAGGUCCCUGAUAAAAGUUGAAAGCGAUAUCAAAUUCCGGAUGAAUGACCAAGUACGAGACCUUGGAAGGCACAUUGUCCAGGAAGGGGAUUCAACAAAUUUCUGCCCCAUCAACUUGGUUGUGCUCGACCUGUCCAGUAGCAACAUCACAGAAAAAUGGGGUGGAUGGACUCAAAUUCAGAGGGCAAAAAAGCUGAAAGCUUUAGACCUGAGAAACUGUAAAUGCUUAACAAGGACACCUGACUUGGCAAACUUCGUGGACUUAGAGAUAUUGAUCUUGGACUUGUCAUGUACUCGUAUUUCCGGAUUGCCAGCCACAAUCACUUAUCCAUCUCACCUAGAAGAGUUACAUGUCCGGGAUUGUAGGGAUCUUACGGGUGAAAUCCCAGAUGCAAUUGGUAGACUAUCCUGCUUGAGGAUCUUGGACUUCUCUGGUACUUGCAUUUCUGGUUUGCCCGCCACGAUCAGUUUUCUCCCUUGCCUUAAAGAACUUGGGUUGAAGGAGUAUAAGCUCAAGGCUCCUUACCAGUUAGAGGAACUUAUGUCCCCUUGGAAGAUUGUAGAAUCCAUCCACCAGCUUCCAUCUAGUUUGUCAACCUUGCAUCUCACGGAUAUACCGCCACCGCAGCAAUUUUCCAACUUCAUGAACCUGUCGAGUCUCUCCAUUUCUAGCUGCUCAAUGGCACAUCUCCCAGAGCUUGAACACUUGAAGAAGUUAAGGGAAUUGUCCAUAAAAGUGUGUCCAUCCCUCGAGAGAAUACCAGAUCUAUCAUGCUUGAAGAGUCUAGAAACCUUGUAUUUGUCUGAACUAGGAAGUCUUGUUGCGAUACAAGGUCUGGAGGAGUUGGAAUCCUUGGAGUCACUACAGAUCAUCUGCUGUGAGUCAUUAGAAGGAUUACCUCAACUAUCGAAGUUGGUAAAGCUCAAAUCUUUUGAGCUACACGAUUGCCAAGUGCUGCAAGCCAUCGAGGGUCUCGGUUGCUUACAACGUUUGAAGCAUUUGACUAUUCUGGGUUGCGUGUCCCUGAAACGGUUGCCUGAUUAUCCGAGGUCCACCAAGCUAGACACUGAUUGGAAAGAACCAGAAACAUCAAGUGCUGGUUAG